UGCACUUCAGAGUUAUGAAAUCUAUCCCAGACACUGAAACUGUAACACUGCGGGCGCCAUUUUGGUUCAGGAAACAACUCUGCAGGAGGAUGUGCUCUCACAAACGAGUCCCUACCGCACGCAGUUUCCUUCAUCUUUCACGGUCAUUCGUCGGCUUGUGAUACACAGCAAUGGCUACGUCUUUGGUUGUGCAAAGGUUAGCAGGAGUGUCGGGGGCGCUCGCUGUCGCAGCGGGGGCAUACGGAGCGCAUGGUUUCAAAAACAAAGAUCCAGAAGAUUACUCGAGAGUGCUUUAUGAGACGGCCAACAAGUACCACUUCUACCACAGCAUAGCUCUGCUGGGUGCCUCUCGCUGUAGGAAACCUGCUGUGGCGGGCGCCCUCCUGGUAUUGGGCACAGGGGCGUUCUGUGGGUCCUUGUACCACCAGGCCCUGACGGAGGACCCUGUGUUGAGGAAAUUGGCUCCUUAUGGGGGGAUGUUCCUGAUCGCUGGCUGGCUGGCUAUAGCUAUCUGAACUGACCUUUAAUCUCUGGCCCUUGAACCUUUGACCCCUACUGGUGCAGCAUGACCUUGCUAUGGGACACAAACUGACUGUUAAGUUCAGAGGCCAGAGAAGUGGAAAUGUCAUGAUAGGUGGAUGGAGGGCUGGAUGGAGGGAAGAGGCGUUGGUAAAAAUGUCACUUAUCUAAACCCUCCUCUUUUUCUGUGGGUGUUAAGGGAAGAUAAGGUUGUGAGGGAACAGUUUUUAUUCUUCCGUCAUCACAGGCUACGACGUACCCUGUGACUUAAAUUUGUGUGUGCGUGUUUGUGUGUUUGAGUUUGAAUCGAUCCAAAAUACGAAUGUAUAUUUAUCCUUUAUCACAAAUAAACCUGUUGAAAAGA